AUUGUUAACAACUUGGCGAUAAUUUCAAGGCUUGCCGUAUCGGUAAGAAGGUCGGAUUUAGUUUUACCUAUAUUAGGGAGUGACAAAUCAAAUGUUCAUUUAAGAAGGUUUUCGAUGGGAUUAACAGGGGCGGAUCUAGGAUUUUUUUUAGGAGGGGGUGCACUCGUCUCUUGGUCUAAUUCAACACCAAUAAACCACAUACAGGGUGUCCCAAAAGUUCGUUUCUCUAACUUCAUGCGCUAUAACUUUUGAUCAAAACUUUAUUUUUACAUGAAAUUUCUAGAAGAUAUUUAUGGCUCUAUCGAGUACUUGCAUUCAGAAUUUCAGUGACUGGCAUGCCCCCUUUGUUUUUUUAUAAUAUUUUGCAGCUGUUGCAGCAGGGGAUAGGAAGGCAUACAGCGUGUAGACCCACAGAUGAUCCAUUUUGAGCUUUUUUAUCAUUUGGUGCACUGGAGAAAUUUCAACCCCCAAACAAUACUUCUUUACAUUAGGCAUCUGAAAAAAAUAUAUUUGGGGCAUUCAUUAAAAAAAGAUAACCAUCCCGGCCCCCUUCCACAGCAAGGCUUUUGUACUCCUUCACAAAAUUUGAGACGAGCUGAGCGCGUUAUAUUACUCGGCAGACUAAGCAGAGUCUUUUUGCCAUCUCAGGGGCCUCUAACCUUCGCUUUUCAUAAACCUGCUCUAGACUUGGCUCGCUAACUAUGCGAGAGCUUCCUCGUCGAGUCUCCUAUUUUGUAUCUAUCUUUCUUUAAAACUAUUUUAGCUUCUUUUUUCAGGACUUUUGGUCUUCCCCCUCGUUUCUUGCCUUCAAAACCUUUAUUUCUCCAUGAUCAUUUUACCACCCAACAUUCGGAUUUUUCCAGUUUUUUUAGCUGUUACUACAACUGAUAAACCAGAAAAUCGAAAUAUACAUGCUUAUGCUGUCACGUACCUGAAUGUUUUUGCGCUAAGGAGGUUUAUCUUUCGUGAUUUUACAAAAAACAAGGAAGGAGUUCGAGCAAUUCGGGCUAUAAAAUACGGAAAAUAUGUGGAAGGAAAAUAUACUCGCGCUCGCGCACCUUUGGCGCGGAAGUACACAAAUAGAAUAUUUCCGACAGAAGAUGGCACAACAAGUAUGAGAAUAGUGAAUUAGAUUGAAAGAGACAACUUUUGUUUAAAUGAUUUGCUUACCGAGUCCAAUAGUACUGAAUUACAGAGUUAUAAAGUAGAGGAGCGAAUUUUUGGGACACCCUGUAGUUUUUUUUUCCAGAAUACCAGUUGUAUUAGAAAACCGCAGGUCAUCUCAGAGGGGGGGUGCGCACCCCCUGCACCCUCCCCCUAGAUCCGCCCCUGAUUAACCUCCCGUAAAACAGCAGGCAAACUGAACAUUUUAGUCGUUGGACAGAAUUUAAUGGAAAUUUUCAAUCGUUAGUCUUAUUAGAAGAAGUUAAUAUUGUACGGCUUUUUACGGCAUGACAUGUCUUUUGGUAGCCUUUGAAUCCAAUUUCAGCCAUUUUUCCUCUAUCGAUCCCGAAAAGAUUCUUAGUCUAAACUAAUCUCGUACCCAGAUCUCACUCUGUUUUACACUGAAAAGUGAGAUCUGGUAAAGGUAACCUGAGAUCAGGCUCUAUUUUCGUUUCGCUUUGAAAAUUACAUUCCGGCGGGCAAGACGAAACGAAAAGAGAGCCUGAUACAAACCUUUAACGAAAUGUCUGCCGCCCACUUUUUUGAUUGAUUGACAUUUGCCGAAUCGGCCAAUCAGAAUUACUUCCGUAGCUUGUUUUUCUAGUAUGCAAAUUUCUCACGCGUGGGUAAAAUGCAGACUGGCUGACUUAAACAAUAGCUUUUAUUUGUUAAUUUUUUCAGCUUAAAAUAAAACAGUCAGCACAAUCACAUUUAACUUCUUGAGAGAUUAAGGGAGAUCUCGAAGGUUACUUCUGUUGGCGUAGAAGGUAAAAAGUUUUCAAAAAGAUGGCGACACGAUGUUCUACUAGUUUUAUUAUUUUGGCUAGGCGCUCUGGAAUUUAAAAUACUGAAAUCUCUAUUUUUCCGUUGUCGUGAUAUUUUCCUCGGCAAUUUCCCCCGAUUUUCAGUACAUAAAUCUUUAAAAACAAAAGCAAACAGCCAACGAGCGAGGACACCAGUUUUCUUGGUUUAUUUUUAACAAAAAGCGUAGUCAAAACAACCAGUCUGUGAACACAGAAAAUUCCUUGAACAGCCAUGCGAUAUUUUUCGUCUAAUACUUCACAGUUGGCGAUUGAGGUUUCUUUCGCAGUGAGCAUCCGCUUGUGUACCCCAUUCAGAGAAGUCAUUCCCGGCUAAACUUUCAAAUGAAACCAGUUUUAAGAUGGACAGUAUUUUGAUUUGCACCCGUUUGUUGGUAAAUCAAAAUGCACCUUGUUAGCGGUCAACAACUUGCAGAGGGAUUCAACUGCGCGAUACACUCACUUUCCGUAUAUAAAGCAAAUCCUGAGAAGAUAUGAACAACCACGUGAAUUUUCUGAAUUUCCAUGGCACAUAU